AUGGGGGAUGAGGAGCCAGAGGAAGAGCCGAGCAAGACGAGAGCCGGAGCAAUCAACCACCACCACCAGCAGCGCACCACACGCACACACGCCAGCGUCGUCGACAUCGACAUGACCUCGACCUGCCUGCCAGCCAUCCGUGCCACUCUCCGCGCUCCGCGCUCCUCGCUCCCUGCUCCCUAUUUCCCACUCCUCCCAAGAAAAGAGAGCCGUGCCCCAUGCGUGCCGUCCUCACUUAAGCCAAAGAGCCAAUCUCGUCAAGCGAUGGCAUUCAGUGUGGGCUCUUCCCUUUUGGCGCACAGUCACACAGACCUCAUUUCCUCUUUGGCGCGACAUUGCGUUACACUUACGGGCACGCAGAAGUAGCAACCACCGCAGCAACCACCACCAGCGGUGAGCACCACCCAGGCAAGCGGCAAACAGCCGGUGUUCCGAUGUCGGUGCAUGUGCAUCGUGAGAAAGUUUACUGGAGACAUUCCCACAAGUAUUGGGAUUGUGCCGCACUCCUGCUCCCGGUUUCUCGGCAUCGCCUCGGCCUCGGUCAGCUGUGACACUUGUUUGGCGCAUUUCGGCGAGAUUGGCUCUUGGGAUUGGGCCAUUGACGAAAUCCACCUGCCCGAGGGUGAGUUCCAGUUCGGAUUCAAGACCAGGGGUCGCUGCAAUCGCAGCCAUGAAAUCGAGAAGUUAACAAACAGAAACGGCAAACGGCACCAGUGA